UAAACAAUCAACCCCCAGAUUUGGGUUAUAAAUGUCAAAUAUUAAAGAAAAAUCGAAAAAUGAUAAAAUAAAGAAAAAACUCUACAUAUUCCUAUAUGGAAUAUAAAUGCCCACUAGUAGCACUGCUGCUACAGUCGAAAAAAAGAAGGGAGUACGAUUACUGACACAAAAAAGCACAGAUCCGAAUGUCGUCAACGCAAAAACCAAUACAGAAAAACACUUACUCAAAAUUGCCCCGGCCUUACCGUUCAACAAUAGACGUUCUCUUUAUGUACGAUCCCAUAGUACUUUAAAUGCAGCCAGUAUAUCAAAGGCCCCCGAUGGAAAUGUAUACGAUUGUGUCGCCCUACAAACAGGCCCUGACGGUAUCUUACGAGUUUCACGGACACAAAACGAAAAAGAGAAUCAUCCGGAUCGGAUUAGUUUAGAUAGAAGGGGACUGACACAUAUUCCUUUUAUUGAUGGGGAACCUAGGUUAAGAUUAUUAUCAUUACAACACAAUUUGAUAAUUGAUUUAGAAAUGUUAUGUAAGCAAAAAUUUCCUACACUGGUAUUCUUAGAUGUAUAUGAUAAUCAGCUAGAACAAAUUAAACCUUUAGAUAUAUUGGAAAAUUUAAGAGUCUUACUUAUGGGUAAAAAUAGAAUAAAAAAAAUCGAAGGUUUAGAAUCCCUGAAGAAACUAGAAGUAUUAGAUUUGCACGGUAAUCAGAUAGGGCAAGUGACAGGUUUGGCCAAUCUUUCCGAAUUGAAAGUCCUAAAUCUGGCUGGAAAUCAAAUCCGAGUCGUGGGAGUCAAGGACUUGCAGGGUCUCGAUUCAUUGCAGGAAUUGAAUUUGAGACGGAAUAGAUUGAGAAAAUUACUUGGGUGUGGAGAAUUGAACAGUUUGGUCAAGUUGUUUCUGAGUAAUAAUGAUCUACAAAGUGUUGAAGAUAUAAGUAGUAUAGCAAAAUCUCCAAAUGUUAAAGAAAUAUCCAUUGACAACAAUCCCGUUUUUUUGGCGGGAGAUUGCGUAUCGUUUCUUGUUUCGUAUUUGCCGCACUUGAUUAAGUUGAACACUAUGCAGAUUACUGAACAGGUGAGAAAAGCUGCGAUGGCAUGGCGCCGCAACAAAGAAUCAACAAACACAGCUUUCAUGGAUUUGACCAGCGAAACCACCCUGCAUUAUCGAAGAGAAGAAGUUAUUUCCAACGCUAGAACUAAUUGGGAACUACUCAGGUCACAAACUAAAUGUCUUACAAACAAUGUUACUACAGUAGACAAAUCCGUGAAAAACCUAAAACCGGACUCUGAUUUUAUAUUAACGUCUUUAAGCAAACCUAGCACAAAACUACCACUACAGAAAUCAAAAUCCUUCAUUAAAAUCUCCUCGAAAGUGCCAUUGCUGCCUGACAAAAAACUUAGUUUAGUCAGAGCAGCUUCUCAAGAUACUGAAAAUUCGCAAAAUACAACAAGCAGCACUGCGUCAAAUGAAUUUUUAAAACUACCCCCCAUUCUGUUGCCGAUUAUUAGUAAAUUAGAAAAAAGUGAGACUACAACAAAAGACGAUAAUAGUUCCUUAAAACACUCAGGUAGUUUAUCUAGCGUAGGACCAAACAUUGACAGUUCUAGUUCAAUGGCUAGCGGUAGCGAUGCCCCCCAAUCUAGUUCAAGCAGUUCGAAUGCCUCAGAAAGUUCAGAUUCUGAAUCGGAACAAGACGUGAAAGAUAAGACGAAAGUUGAACAAAACACUUCAAUAUUACCAUUACUGGAAAAAGUUCCAAGCACACCGCCAACUGGAGAUACUCAGCCACAACACCCGCCUACUAAUAAUAAUUCACCGUCAGAGGAUACUUCGAGCAAUUUAUCAGCAAAUACUACUAACAGUAUAUCGUUGGUCAGCAAUAAUUCAGAGAGCGACAAAGGCAGUACCAAAUCGAGUAGCAACAGUACCAGCGGCAUUACGAGAAACGUGAAAAGUGCUGCUGGAAGUCGAAGUUUGCCAUUGAAAUGCAACGGACGGGCGGCUACAGCUAAGGCUAAAAAAGUUGGGUCUCCGAUUGUACCAAAAGACAGAGAACAAGGUGGCGAUUAUCUAAUUGAAAUUUGUGGCAGACAUUUGAAUGUCUACGGACAAGGUGCUCUACGUUUCAUUGACAAGCCAUGGAACGCUAGCAAGGCUAAUGACGUGAUUUCCAUUAAGUUCAACUAUGUAAAUUUCAAUAGCAUAAUUAGUUCGUUGACCAAGAUAAAACACAGAUUUCCGAAUGCCGACCAUUUUGUCUUCAAAGAAACCAACAUCACUUGUAUAGGCCAACUGAAUGCCAUCGCUGAAGUGCAAGGCCUUAUAUCUUUAACUAUAGAUUCAGAAGGUAAUCCUAUUAGUGAAAAACCAUGGCAAAGCUAUGCAAUUUAUAGACUGGCACAUUGGGGGUUGAAAAUCAUUAAUGAACAAGAGUUUAGUGAAGAUGACAUCAAACAAGCCAACAAAGAAUACCAAAGCCUUAGCGACAUAGUUUUAUGGUCUUUACCAGACGUGCUUCUACAACCUCUACUAGUUCGGCUUAGAAUUGACAUAAAUCAUGGAGUGACUGAACAAAACGCUAAAAAAUGGCUCUUGCAAGCAGAUCCUGAAUUGAGAAGCGUGGUGAGCAAAGAAGCUCUACAGUGGAAGAAAGGGUCAGUCAGUCAAGACGAUUUAGCAAUGCGACAAAAAGCCAAACAACACAUCUCGAGUCUUUUUGAAGAUAUGACAAACGCCAUGAAUAAGUUGAAAAUAUUAGAUCAAGACUGGCCUCAGAUUAUGCACGAAUUUGUUCAGAAUACUUUAUUGGACUAUUCUCAGUUGGAUAUGUAUAUGAAACAAAAAAUUCAAGAACUUAACAAAUAAGAUUUUAGUCAAUAAGUUUUCCUUAAAUAAGAUAGUAAUACUACCUACAUAUUAAAUUAAGGACAAGACACUGCCCCGGGACUUGUUACACUUUUCUAGAAUCACAAUAUUUUUAUGAUACAUUUUCUCGAGUCAUUUUUAAUGUUUAUUGUUAUAUUGUUAAAUGUAGGAGUAAGAAAUAAAUCGUAAUUUUUUAAAGUUAUA